AUGGAGAAGCUCAAGCAGAUGAUGCACCACCACCGGAAGCGCAGUAGCCAUGCUCCCUCCUUUGCGCUCAACGCCUUCCGCCAUUGGGCCACCGCCUUCGUCGUGUGCGACUUCAACGUCGACGUCGGCCCCGAGAUCCUGAUGGUCUACCCGACCGACACGCCCUUUUCGCAGGCCGAUCUCACUGCAAUAUGCUUCAACAGGCAAGUCGCCGAACUGCAAUCGCCCGUGGAUUUGCUCGUAACCUUCCCCGAGCAACAAACACCCGAGAUGGGCGAAGACCUGUCGUUUCAAUUCUCAAUCAGAAACCGUUCUCCUGACGUGCUGCUGAGUUCUCCGUGCGCGCCCCAUGGCAGCCCCAGCACCUUCUACGGCAGCUGUCUGUUCCGUCAGGAAUUCGACGGCACCACCAAGCGUAGCUACAAUCAAAAGAGCCUGGUGUUGAUCUCCAACCACAACUUCCCAGCCUUUUACAUGAAGCUUCUGCAGCAAAUGACGAGCUCUGGCAUCCUGUGUGACCCCAACACCUUCGAGGCAGCUUGUACCCAGAUCUCCGCCUGGCCCCCGCCCUCCAUCGGCCGCCACGAGCUGCCUUUUCUCGGCUCCUUGCUGGUGCUUGAAAUUGCACCCCAUCUUGCGUUCCCGCUGCAAGGACUUGCCUCCCCGCAAAGUGGCCGUUCGGACGGCGUCUCCGGCCCUAUAUAUGCCUACCAGCCGACGGCCUCUUGGUCGCGCAUCAUCCCGUACUUUUCUUCCCUGUCAGACCUGUACACGGUGUUCGAGAAGAUGCUGCUUUGUGAAAACGUCGUCGUCAUGGCGAAGAGCCCGCAGACCUGCAGCGAGGUCGUAUCGGCGCUCGUUGAUCUGAUCCGACCCAUUCCCUAUGCUGGAGAGAUCAAGCCGUACUUGACCAUGCAGUCCGAGUUCUGCGUUGCCGGCUUCAACGGAGGCACUUCGAGACACUUCAUCGUCGGCAUCACGAACCCCUUUCUUCUCAAGAGAAUCCUGAGCGCGGCGGAGACCAGCGGCAGUACGAUUCCGUACGUUUUGUAUCUGCACAGCACCGGAGCUCCGGUUCCCGUCAAGCCGUCCAGCUCGCACCCGACCUGCCCGCCGGGUUUCGAUAUCCCUGGCGGAAUCGAAGCCAACAACCCGGCCAAGAAGCUGCUGAAGCCGGACCGAUCUUUCCUGCAGCAGCUGGACACCAUGCAGAGAGGUGGCAGGCCGGCAACAGAUGCCAUCGGGCCCCUGGUGCGGCGGCACUUUGCAGAACUGACGGCGCAGUUCCUCGCUCCCAUACUCAGAUAUCUCGCCACGGGAAUGGCGCCGACCGUCGCAUCGCCCGGUGGCAACCCCGCCUACGCAAACUUCUCGGAGCCUGACUUCUUGAACAGCCUCUCAAAAUACGGCACGUCCAUUAAGCUACGCGGACAAGGACCCCUGCAACGGCAUCGUACCCGCGAUGCCCUAUACGGGGAGUUUUGCCGAUCACCCAACUUCUACUCCCACCUCGAGAUGAAACUAAGCCUCGAGAAGGAAGCUUCUGUGGGCUUGCUCAAUGUGUCCAGGUGA